CCAACAACGAGUGGCGGCCCAAGUGGACCUCCAGACAUUUCCAAAUCAAGAACUGAUAGUCCAGUCCAGCCACGUCUGAAACUCUAUCCGAGGACACUCCAGGGCGACAGGCGCAGAAACUUUCAGGCAUCGUGGUACUCUAUCCACACAUGGCUUGAAUAUUCACUGUCACAAGACUCAGCAUACUGUUAUGCAUGCAGGCAUUUUGGCCUCCCACACACAGAGUCAGUGUUUACGUCAGCCUUGGGUUUUAAAAACUGGAAAAAGGCAACAUUCAGAGAUGGAGGGUUUUGUGGACAUGCAAAGGGAGAGGGUCACACAAAUGCAAUGAUUGCUUGGAAAGAAUAUGAGAGAGCAGAUAAAGCUGAUGCCUUGUUAAUGAGUACUUUAAGUAAAGAACAUCAUAAGCAGAUAGAGGAAAAUCGUGCCUACAUAAAAAGUUUAGCAGAAGUCCUACUGUUAACUGCAACCCAGAAUAUUUCACAGAGGGGACACAAGGAGACAGUAGAUGCAGACAACAGGGGAAACUUCUUGGCUAUAUUGGACAUGAUUGCUAAACAUGACCCAGUUGUUAAAAAGAAAAUGACAGGGCCUCGCAAUGCAAAUUACACGAGCCACCAAAUUCAAAAUGAAAUUUUGGAUACAUUAGCUGAAAUGGUACGCGCUUCCAUCAUAAACAAAGUCAAGGAGAGUGAAGUCUUUUCCCUUAUGGCAGAUGAAACUAAAGACCUUAAAAAAAAGGAGCAGAUCUCUUUAGUGUUAAGAUAUUAUUAUGCAGGAGCCGUAAAAGAGAGCUUUUUGCACUUUGAAUCUGCAGACCGCCUAGAUGCUGCAGGCCUGACGCAUAAAAUAAUACAGGUACUUGAGAGAUGUGGCUUGGAAUACAAAAGUAACCUGAUCGGGCAAUCAUAUGAUGGGGCUUCUGUCAUGAGUGGCAAGCACUCAGGCGUUCAGGCUCGUAUUAAAGAGGUGGCAAAACAGGCCUUUUAUGUACAUUGUAAUGCCCAUUGUCUUAAUCUUGUUCUUGUGGACACAGUUAAGGCAGUACCACAAGCUGAAUGUUUUUUCGCAUUGUUGCAGAGACUCUAUGUAUUUGUGUCUGGCUCGUACAUUCACAACAAGUGGCUGAACAUACAGAAAGAAAUGUAUCCUGGAGCACCCAGAGAGCUUCAGCGAUUGAGUGAAACAAGGUGGGCUUGCCGGCAUAUAGCUUGCCACACUGUUCUUGAUAGACUACCUGCCAUCAUGCGUCUCCUUGUAGAAGUGGUUUCAGAAAACAGUGGCGAUAGAAGCAUUGAUGCACGAGGCCUGCUCGCUCAAUUUGACCUGCAGUUCAUUGGACUUUUGGUGAUAUGCAAUAAGGUUUUUGGUGAUGCAAGGUGUCUCUCUGACAUGCUACAGUCUCCCUCUCUUGAUUUGUGUUCAGCUGUGGAUCUAGUUCAAGCCCUUGUGCAAAAUGUUCAAGCUUACAGGGAUGAAUCCUACUUUGAAGGACUCUGGAGAGAAAUCUUAAAUACUGCUGAAAAAUGUGAUGUAGAGGUGGAACCUACUUCAAAAAGAAAGACAAAACAGAGCCGGUGGCUAGAUGGACAUGCUGUCAUGUCCUCAACAGCUCUGCAUCGCCUGGUGAAGCCCAUUCCAUUAGAUGACUCGGCGGAGGCCCACGAGGGAGCGCACCUGCACUCAUCCCCCACUGGCUUUAUCUACCCUGGCUGUGCGCCGAGUCAUCGCCAGUUCGUCCUUGUCACUACCGUGGACUCUUCCCGUGAACCCUCCUGCUAUCCUCCCAGCUGA